AUGGAUCUCUCGCAGGGUCCUUCUCUCCAGCACUUCCAACUGGGAAGCAGCUUCACGCCUGAGAACCAGAUGUCCACAAUUCCGCUUCCAAUCUCGCCGCAUGAUCCUGGCCAGCUCCCAUCGACUGUAUGCGACGACAAUGCCGGUGCCAGUACCGUAUCUGAUCUUUCUCUUCCAUACCCAUCACGGACAUGCGCACAACAUCACAGCGCCAACUUGUCGUACGCAGCUGAGGGUGCGGAUGGAGCCGAGCUGCCGGAGGAGAUUGACGAGAUUUGGCGAAAGUUGUUCGAAGAGGAGGGCAUCAUGGAUACUCCAACGCCAUCAUUCCGGUGCCCAAGGGGACCGGAGAGGGAUGUGAUGGUCGCACAGCACGCUGCUGGUGGUGAUACGAGCGCAUCUCCGACUUACCAACACCGCCGCCAUCGACCGGCACGCAACCAUCACGAGGCAUCUACUAUAGCCGGGCCCUCGCCUCGUACAUCACCGCCAGCACCGCAACGAGCUUUCGCAGCACCAGCCCCGAGUGUCGCACGGAGCACCAGUAUCCGCGCCUCCAACCAGAGAUUCCGCACCCUCUUACGACAGCAAGCAGACCCGUCGCCUCCAGCUUUUUCGCGAGCACCCGUCCAUAACAACAGCGCCCCCUCAGCCCUAAGCAUAUCACUCCUCCUGCCCAAGCCUGCAUCACCGCCGUACCACGAGCUGGGAUUUCCCGAUGCGCGUGCGGCGAGCAGCUGGACGGGACGCGCGCAGCAUCAGCAGGGCUUUGUGGUGCGACGCAGCGUGAAGAGUAUGCCAUUGCCUCAGCCGGAGCUCGCGGGGGCGGUGGUUCGAAGCUGCGCGGUGGAGGGCCCUGGCGGGCGGUAUGAAGCGGAAGACGUUUUUUUCGGGGUGGGGGACGAUGGGGUGGGAGGGAGGCGGUAG